GUCUGCCCCGCUGUAAUAAAGGCAGAUAGCCGACCAUGGGGGACAGGGGAAAAGUUUUCAUACUGGCAUGUUAGCGCAAUGACUUCUGAGUAACGUUGAACUGGGCCGAGGCUCCCGGCGUGAGGAGGACAGAGCCCUAAACGGGAAUUUAAGAGAGGAGCUCCUGCCAUCUGCCGCGGAACGGGGGACGAAGACGCAAGACGGCGAGAGGAGUUGAGAGCGGUCCAAGACUCAGCGGCGAAAGAUCCGGUCCAGCCAUUUGAAUUGAAAGAUGAGCUUAUUGUCUGCCAUAGACACGAGUGCCUCCGUGUACCAGCCUGCGCAGCUCCUCAACUGGGUCUAUCUCUCCCUGCAAGACCCCCACCAGACCAGCGCCUUUGACGCGUUCAGACCCGAGGCGAACUCUUCCCACCCGGACCUGGGCUUCAGCAAGACUCCCGCAGGGGCGGACGUGAGCUCGUCGCUCAACUCCAACUAUCUCAACAACUUCUUUCAGCUGCAGCGCAAUGAGGCCUUAAACAACAACCUGUAUAAGAAUGUGUCACCCUAUGGCUCCCUGAACAACAUCGUGGAUGGACUCAACUCCCUGACGGACCAUUUUUCGGACCUUUCCCUGUCUUCAGAGCCACGAAAGCCCAACAAAAGGCCUCCGCCCAACUAUCUGUGCCACCUGUGCUUCAACAAGGGCCAUUACAUCAAAGACUGCCCUCAGGCCAGACCCAAAGGCGAAGGGCUCACACCCUACCAAGGAAAGAAGAGGUGCUUCGGAGAGUACAAGUGUCCAAAGUGCAAGAGGAAGUGGAUGAGUGGGAACUCCUGGGCCAACAUGGGGCAGGAAUGUAUCAAAUGCCACAUCAACGUCUAUCCACACAAGCAGAGACCUUUGGAGAAGCCGGACGGCCUGGAUGUUUCUGAUCAGAGUAAGGAGCACCCACAACACCUGUGCGAGAAGUGCAAGGUCCUCGGCUACUACUGCCGCCGUGUGCAAUAAUCAUCUUUAUCCAGAGUUGGAGGAAUCCAUCCCUCAGCCUCAGCCCCUUCCACCACCCUGGCCUAAUUCAACACCAGGCUGCCGUCACCCAGUCCUCACUCCUCACACCUUCCCCUCUGACCUCCACUAGCCUUACAUACACUAAAUUGACUCUAAUCCUUCUUGCAUUUAGAUGCUUUUCUCCGUUAACCCUCCGCUCUCUCCCCUCAAGUCCAUCGUAGGAGACAGCUUUUAUUAUGCUUCUUUUUCAAUCGUAGCAUGAAUUGAAGUAUUGAAGAGUACCUCUGAGAAUUAGACGAACGUGUUCACUUAGCGUCAGUCCCCAUCACACAUAAGUGCUUUUCAUCCAACGCUAAAACUUGCCAAAUCCAUCGACUCCUUAACGCCUUGCCCGUCAGCGCCCACCUGAGCCGACUGAUCCGACCACAGCAGCGGCCGAUCGUUGCGCUGGUGAAUUGCAUUUCAUGUCAUCGACGGCAUUGGCCUCAAUUGAUUACCUCACCUUCGGGUUUGUUGGCUUUCUGCCUUCCACUUCCCUGCCAAGUGAAGCGUGUGGCAAUGUGAUGAACGUUUAAACCCAGGCCUUUCGUAACGGUUUCAUGUGUACAAGGUCUUUUGACGUCUUUCCAUAAUAGAGCAAACAGCACAUUUUAUUAACUGUGAAUUAACUGAGGGAUAACGUGCCAUGCGUCCCUAGCUUACCUUGGGCCUAUUUAUUCUCUUGUUGUCUAGUGUGCAAUUAUAACUUUAACUGGGACAUAAAAAUGUUUUUUGUUGUUUGUUUAUCACAUUAUUGUGUAACUGCUUCCACGUGUCUUUAGAAACUACUGUAGGUUCAGUUGCAUAUAUUAGCUCAUCUAGAUUUAGAGCGUUGCUAACAGAUUAUAUUUUUAAUAUCCUCCCUGAAUGCCACAUAAGAUCUAAUAAUUAAUACUAGACAGUGUGAGAUUUUUUAUAAAUAUUAUAAAAACAAUAUUCUGUUGCCCACAUAGUUUUGUGCCAGUGUUGAUAAUGAACUCAUUGCUAUAUUGACUUUUGAUACUGAGCUCUUCACAUGUAAAACCUGAUUCGAUUUUAACCGCAAAUUAGUACAAAGGAGACGUCUAGUGAAUCGGUGUGUUAGGUUUUGGAUCACGUUUUGUGACAAUUGAUGACUGUCCCUUGUGAAGUUGGUGAUUGAUUUGUAUUUAUUACAGCGUCUCAUAGCUGACUGCAAUGUAAAGGGACUUCUAAGGGAGCUGAAGCGCUGAGGUUCUGCAGAGAGAAGCAAUGAGGAUUAGGAUCGAAGGGCGAUGCGGAGGAUUCAGAGGCGUACUGAAUGUGGUGAUGAAUUAAGUUUACGCUUAAAUCUAUUUUUAUGGGGCCGAUUGCUAGAAAACGUUGUCUUUAUAGAAAGAGAAGUACACGUCCUGUUUACAUUACCACAGAGCAGAAGAAAAUGUAUGUAGUUUGGACCUAGGGAAAUGUGCCUUUCAAGGACCUUGUCAUAGGAAUUGUGAAUUAUUUAAAUGUACUGUAUUUGUAGACCUGCAACAGGUUGACUAUUUUGUACUGCGACAUACUGUAUGUGCCUUAAAAGACCAUCCUGCAGUAUUCAGACUGAGAGGCCAUUUAAGAUUAGGAAAACAUUAGGAGCGGAGGUCAGAGUAAACGUGUAACUGUGACGUUUAGUAGGUUUAACGCAGGUUGACAAAGGACGAUGAAACGUUUAUGAGUCUGAACAGACAUGUGGGUGUUGGAGCAGAGCUGGGUGCAUUUGUAGCUGGCAGUAACAAUCCUCCUGUGGAAUGUUGUCACGGAGCCUCAACAAAGAUGUUCUUUCUUAUUUGAUCGCCACAACACAACACGGUUGCAAGUGAAACUGUGGAAUUUAUUUUUCUCUAUUGUAGUUCUUUGUUUUGUUUAUCUUUUCCUUUCUUUCCUGAGGAACCAUUGGGUUUGUUCAUAAAUACAAGGUCACAGGCUCCAUCUGUGAAGUGAGACGGGCGCUCCAGCGAGUUUUUGUAGUUCUGGCGGUACUGCCCAUUAGAAGGAACCUGGUGCAGUUGGUGGAGCGCCCCUUUAAAAACGAGCAUAUGCUAAAGUCAUUGAACAGCAGACUCUCUGUUUACCCAGUGCCUUUGGGAACAAUCAGUUUGUCGAUUUAUCAUCUUUCCUUUGCUCUGAGCGAUGACAUUACAUAUGAAGCUCACGGUCAGUGAGCGGAACAGAUACCAAUGAUGUCUUAUGAACUAGCCUCAUUAACAAGUAACCAUGUCAUGCGAGUCAUGUGAGUUCUGGUACAAUAGUCAGUGAGAAAUCCAGAGUUUGAUUCCACCCAGAGACACUCUAGGAGGAGACCAUCAAAAAAGACGGCACAAAGAAUCGACUGCUUUCACACCUUUCUUGAAUCACAUAUACUUGACUUUUCUAGUACAUUUUCAACUCAAAUUUAUUUUCUAUGAACAAGAUGUGCAUUUUAGAAACAAUUAGAUGUUGAAAUUUUUAAAGCAAUCUGCAAAACCUCUAGUUAUUUUCCCUGACAGAGAGACUGUUUAUGUAUAUAUUCGAUGGCCAUCGUUUCCAGGAUCGUAGCUCUUUUGAAGUGUUAUGCAAUACUGAAGCUUUUGUGUUUGUGUGUGUGUGUGAGAAGAAGGGCCUAUUGCUGAGAAAUAAACAAAGCUGGGAGUUUUUUUCUGUAUGUUUUACAAGAAUCUGAGGGUUUAUCCUGCAGAAAUAUUUAUGGAGAUUUUUUACAACACUUUUUGUAUAGAAUAUGCAACAAAGUUACACUAAGAAGGAAAUAUUGAUGUCUACAUAGAAUAUUAUAAAAGCUGGUACAUAAUUAAUACCCUUUCUCAAUUAUAAGCCAUUGUAUAUUUGUGUUUUUGUUCUAUGAUGUUACCAAUGUUAACCCACAGCCGAUCGUUACUCGGCUGCUGUUUGUUACUAAUUACGAGCUGCCAUUUACACCCAUACAGUUGCAUGUAUUCAUUUUUUUUGUAUACAGUAACAGCAAUAUUUUAGAGAUACAUUGUGUUAACAUGCAGACGUUGGUGGAUUUAAGUAGUGACGGACACUCACCACUGUUUAAGCACAUUAAGCUGUGAGAUGUAGUUUGCUUCAACCAGCAAAGACAAGGAACUAUUAUAAGAUGUUACAGUGUUAUUAGUAGCUUAGAGGUUUGUACUUGUUCAAGAUGGCGUGUGUGACAAAGAACUAUUUUAGAGUUUGCAUGUGCAUGUGUUUGGUUUCAGAUGAAAUAUUACUUUGUGCAAUGCAUACUUAUUUAAGUACUAUAGAGUAGUUUGCUACAGUACAUAUUGUUUUUACCUUAUCAGAAUUCUCUGACUCCUCUUAGUUUUCAUUUAGCGCUACGAGUAGGACAUAUUUACUGAAUGUACUGUACUGUGUUAACACUUGUGCUGACGUGGUCAACUUGGAACGUUAUCUUUGAAUUCUUUUCUGAUGCUUGUAAUGCGACAUUGCAAUAAUGUAAUAUCUGAAUUGGACAGAAGGCAGGCGCGAGGUUGGGAAGACGACGAUUUUGGGAAACACAGCCAUGGUGUCGAAAGUAGACCACAAGUCUGUUUUUCAUGUCCAUGAAAUGGCAUUCCAAAAUGUGCCUUAUUUGUUAGUUGGGAAAACAUUUGUGCUUUUAGAGCCCUCGAGAGUUUGAUGAAUAAAUGUCAUAUUGAAUUAGUC